UUAGCUUCAAUAAAAAUAAAAUUUCCUGAGAUGAUUGGACAGUCGGUAAGAUGACGUCACAGAAUGAAUAUCCGGGUUACGGAGGAGGGGCGGGGUCUGUAGGAGCAGAACUCCGCUACACUGUAUCCAACGAGCCGCCGGAUCUCAGAACCCCAGAACCGGACAGAUCCUCCGAACCGAGUAUAGCUCUGAUACUGUAGUCUAACAUUGAGGACCGGUACUGAGUUUAUACCGCUGAGAUGCUGGAUAGAUAAGUGUGGGUGCUUGAUAAAGGAAAGAAAAACAUCCUACAGGGUUUAAGUAUGAUUCCCCAAACAUGAAGAAACGCCACCAAACAGAAAUCUUUCUCUUUUAAAGAUUAGAAGAUAAAUCAAGGAAUAUGGACUCUAUAAAUUCCAGAACUCAGGAAAUAUCCUCUUAUACUACAGCCAACAUUAGAUCUUUUAAAUGUUCAGACUGUGGGAGGAGUUUUACUACACCAAAUAAUCUCCGAACCCACCAGCGCGUUCACACCGGAGAGAAACCCUUUCACUGUACAGAAUGUGGAAAAUGUUUUGCUGCACUGAGUAAUUUCAGAGUUCACCAGCGAAUUCAUACCGGAGAGAAACCAUAUCUUUGUGUAGAUUGUGGGAAGAGUUUUACUCUACAGGGAGCUCUAAUAUCACACCAGCGCGUUCACACCGGAGAUAAACCGUAUCAGUGCUCAGAGUGUGGGAAACGGUUUACCCAACAGAGUGGUUUUGAAGCGCAUCAGAGAAUUCACACCGGAGAGAAACCGUAUUCCUGUUCAGACUGCGGGAAGAGCUUCAGUCGACAGAGUGUUCUCCAAAACCACCAGUUUAUUCACACCGGAGAGAAACCGCAUCAGUGUUCAGACUGCGGAAAGAGUUUUAAUCGACAGAGUGAUCUCAGAGUUCACCAGCGCGUUCACACCGGAGAUAAACCGUAUCCCUGCACAGACUGUGGGAAACGCUUUAGUCUACAGGGUCGUCUCCUCGCACACCAGCGAAUUCACACCGGAGAUAAACCGUAUCAGUGCUCAGAGUGCGGGAGGAGAUUUACUGUACAUAGUAACCUUGAAAGACACCGGCGCGUUCACACUGGAGACAAACCGUUUUGUUGCUCAGAGUGUGGGAAACGUUUUACCCAACAGGGUGGUUUUGAAGCGCAUCAAAGAAUUCACACCGGAGAGAAACCGUAUUCCUGUUCAGACUGCGGGAAGAGUUUUACUGUACAGAGUAACCUGGAGAGACACCAGAGAAUUCACAGACGGAGAGAAAAGGAAUUAUCGUGUGAAGAGUUUUACUGCACAGGAUAAUUAAUAUGGAUUUUUCAAGACUUUCUGUGUGUAAAUUCUAUUUUAAAAGAAUCUGAAAGUAUGAAUUUUUCGUCUUCUGAAUAUGGAUAAUCCAGGCAUUGAUUGAAGCGGUGAUUAUCUGUCAAUCGCUCAGUUGUCCCUUCGGCAGACUCCACUGGGGAUUCAGUUUUCAAGUCUAUAACUAUUAUGUUUUAGGGUGUAGUAAUAAACAAAAUAAUAAGAUCUGGAAUAUUUACGGUUGGAUUAUUUAUUGAGAGACGCUGAUCGAUCGUCUUCCAUGAAGAGUCUCUCUGACCAAAUUGGUGGUACUUCGGCCCAAUUCCAUUUCAGCCCUUGGUUCUACCACCCUACCCCUACCCCUCUGUUUUGCUGGGGCAUGUUAAGGGGUUGGGGUGUCCUGAUUCUUGUUAGUCUGGAGGGGUGGGUUAGGGGAAGGGAUAGGGCUUUUUCAGAUUCUGCACACUUUAAACCGAGGCGUCUGAUAAUCACUGGUAAGAUGGCGGAACAAAGUGACCUUAGCACUGUCUAUAUUACCAGAGUUAAUAUGUAGUUCUGCCCAGAGAAAUGUUCCUAAGGCACCUACCUACACUCAACCCUGCAUAUAUGUCUGGAAAGUCUAAGAUAAUGACUUUGAUGGAGACUUACCACCAUAUUCUAGCAUACAAUCAAAUGUAUGUGCUUAUGGAUUUAUAAUAAAACUCAGAUUAAUUCAUUCCUAUAUUAAGUUUAUACUGUUUUAUGUUUGGGUGCUUAAGCGCGUGUCUGUAACUUCCUGAAAAAAAAUCACACUUUUGAAAAAUAGUUUCAUAUUUGUUUUUAUCAUGCCCUUAGAAGAGUAAAGACACAUUAAAAAAUGAUCUUGACUCAGGAUUUAAUAACUUAUGCAUCAGAGGGUUAAACUGCAUCUCCGUCUUAAACCUCAGAAUCCCACAAAACAAAGGAUUUAUGAACAAGAAUUCAGAGACAGAGCGUCUCACAAAAACACUGUUUCAUAAACUUUUCAUAUAAAAAAAUAAUAAUUUCAUUCAUUACAUCCUGUGACGGCGUGUUGUUUGUGUGAACUCGUAUUAAAAUAGUGUUUAAUUUGUUUUUAUUCAUUAUUUGUGAAAUUAUACUGGGUUUGAUUUUAAAUUAAAUCAGUGUUGGAUAAUUUAUAGAGAUUCUGCAGAGUUUUUUUUUUCAAUCCAGUCUUGAUCCAAUGACUAUUGGGAAAUGUUAUUAGAUAUCUUUUCUAUUUCUACUAUUACUUUUUCUCAUUUUCCAACAUGGCUAUCCUGUAUUUCUGAUACAUGUGACCCUAUCUGUUGUUUUGUGAUUAAACUUUGAUUACCUGUG